AUGUGCUGCUGGCGCGGGGGGAUGAUGCUGGCGGGGCCACAGCUGGUGGCGGGGCCGGCGGCGCCGGGCGGGGAGCGGGCCCGGCUGCUCUCGCUCUACGUGCAGGACUACCUGGAGUGCGUGGAGUCCCUGCCGCUGGACAUCCAGCGCAACGCCUCGCUGCUGCGGGAGAUGGACACGCAGUGCCAAGAAGCGCUAAAAGAAAUCGAUGAUGUCUAUGAAAAAUACAAGUCAGAAAACGAUCCUGUUCAGAAGAAACGCUUGCAGCAGCAUCUUCAGCGUGCAUUAAUCAACAGUCAAGAACUUGGAGAUGAAAAAAUUCAAAUAGUUACUCAGAUGCUAGAACUGGUAGAGAACAGAGCCCGUCAAAUGGAGACGCACUCUCAGUGUUUCCAAGAGCUGGCUGAGAAUGAAAAGCCUCUAGAAAAGGCCAAGAUGGAGGCGUGCCAGCCAGAGAGAUCCUCGCGCAGGCCUCGUCGGCAGCGCACCAGCGAGAGCCGCGACCUGUGCCACAUAGCCAACGGCAUCGACGACUGCGACGACCAGCCGCCGAAAGAGAAAAGAUCAAAAUCUUCCAAGAAGAAAAAACGCUCCAAAGCCAAACAGGAGAGAGAGGUUUCACCUGUAGAAUUUGUAAUUGAUCCCAAUGAACCAACUUACUGCUUAUGCAGCCAAGUGUCUUACGGCGAAAUGAUAGGGUGUGACAAUGAACAGUGCCCUAUUGAGUGGUUCCACUUUUCCUGUGUUGGACUGACGUACAAACCGAAGGGGAAGUGGUAUUGCCCCAAGUGCAGAGGAGACAAUGAGAAAACGAUGGACAAAUGUACUGACAAAUCAAAAAAAGAUAGGAGGUCGAGGUAGUGAAAGCAAUUUAUGUUUUAAAGAGUUGCUCCUUUUAUAUUAAAAUGUUUCAUUUCCACAGAACAUUGUUUUAGGAAAUGCAUAAGACUAUGCAAUAAUUUUUAAUCUAUAAUAUUAAUAUUAAAAACUGUUAUACCUUCUGUGAUCUUUAACUUUCUGCACUGAAUAACCAAAUAAUUGAAACAGGGUGGCUUCAGACCUUUCACAGAAGACAUUACAAGCAGAUGACGCUUGGUUCCAAUUUGCUUUACUAUUUUAAAGAACCUUGUGAAUCCUGAAAUAAUGGUGGUGGGAAAGAUACUGAAGAACUUCUCAUGUUAUGGUAAAGGGGUUGAAAGGCCUCAUAUCUCUGCUAGCAUCUUAACAACUGAGUUUGUUCUUUAUCCCAAGUUUUACAUUUUCAGUUUUUGUGUUAACAUCACAUGUUUGGAGUUAGGGGUUUUAAAUUCAGCUGUAACUGUAAAAGUCUUCCGAGCUAUAAGCAGACCUCUCCAGUGACUUUCAUAUGAACAGUAUGUUAUUGCAAGGAAGAAAAUACCACUAACUUAAACUUUUCUUUUUUGCCAACAUUAAACUCUUGUCUUUGUGACUAUA